AAGGAUGCAUUCAAGCCAUAACAACAUAGCAACGAGAUGCACAGGAGCGUUGUGGUGUGCCGUAAUAGCAGAAACAGUCCUGGUGAUGGCGCCAAAAUCCUAACCGGAGCAGCAUGUCAUGCCAUUCUGUGUGCACAUGCGUGUGAGGGCCACUGGUUAUAUUCUUGGACUGUCUGACUCUGUAGGUGUCAUCAGAGAGCCCCUCCCCCGUCUCUCUCUGUGAUGCUGAUGCUGAAUUGCCCAUCACUGAAGGGCAGAGGGUGAUAUUCCUCCCAUAACGUCCACUCUAUCCGUCCUCCUUACCUCUGGAGUGAAGGAUGGCGAUGAUCUGGAUGCAGACAGAGAAGGCGGUCAUGCAAGAGCUACAGCGCAGAUUGAGCAAUGUCGCUCACAGCAUUGAUGAGAUCAUGCAGAAGGAGUCUAGUCCUCUCGUCGCUGCUGACAUCAUCACUGAGCUCAAGAGACAGUUUGCAUUCCUAUCUGGGGGAAGAGGACAGGAUGGAAGCCCUAUCAUUAUCUUUCCAGAGUUCCCUUCGUUUUGUGAAAUUCAAGACCAAGAGUUUCGUAAUGUUCUUACCUACCUGACAAGUAUUCCCAGUCUGAGUGCAGCGGGUGUGGGCUUCAUCGUAGUGAUUGACAGGCGUAGAGAUCGAUGGACGUGUUUAAAGGGAACAUUACUGCGUAUCUCAGGCUGGUUUCCAGCUAAUCUUCGGCUUGUUCUGGUGUUGAGACCCAGUGCUAUCCUGCAGCGAACGUUGUCUGAAGUGUUCUUCAAACUCCACAGAGAUGACUUUAAAGUACCGGUUAUGAUGCUAAGCUCACUGGCUGAUCUGCACUCUUAUAUUGAGCGGAGUCAGCUGACACAAGAACUGGGUGGCUCUCAAUACUACUGCCACGAGACCUGGAUCUCUCAUCGCACAGAUCUUGAAAGCUUUGCUGCAUUAGUGAAGAGGAUGGCUGAGAGACUGCAAGUGUUUGGCAGGGAGUUGGCAGAAACCGAGCUCCCUAGCAACCUCCUAACAGCCAGCAAUCUGCUCACUGCACAAACCAGCAGAAAAGACCGUUUCAAAGAAGAGAUGGCAGGAGCUCUAAGCCAAGGACGAAAACUCUUGGAGCACAUCAGGGAACCGGUCCGCAGAGAUCCGGACAGCAGUCUAAACCCUGAUCAACUGGAGAACCUUGCUACAGUGCACAGGCUGUUAUCCCAGUUGAAUGAGAGCUCUACAGCGUUUGAUGAGUUCUGGAUUCAGCAUCAAAAUAAACUGGAUCUAUGUUUUAAACUCUGCCAGUUUGAGCACAACUUUCAACAGUUGCAAACAGAGCUGGAGCAAACAACACCCACAAUGAAUGCUUUCUCAGACGUUGGAAUAAGCCCUGCCCAAACAGAACACCUCCUUCAAGAGCUGACCAAUCAUGAGAAGAAGGCCUGUGAAGUGCUGGACAGAGUGAGGUCUGUGAUUGCCGAGGGCCAAAGUUUGAUUGACAGCUCUCAGAAUGUUGAUGACAGUGUUGCAGUAAAAUGCAGUGAGCUACAGAGAGUGAGAGAGAAUCUCACCCAAAGGCUCAAAGACAAGAGGACCAUGCUGACACAGGCUAUGGAGCUAUAUAAAAGAUUGGAAAUGGUGUGUAAAUGGUGUGAUGAUGGGAUUUACAUGCUAGCGUCACAGCCUCUUGACAAGUGCCAGUCACAAGAAGGGGCGGAGUCAGCACUGUCAGAGCUGGAGUGUUACCUGGAGACAGCCAAUGAGAAACAGCAGUGGGAGAUUAGCACAGUUUGGCUGGAAUAUGAGAACAUACUGAACAAUGAGCUCAGGGAGAAGGUGAAGUGUGCAUUUGAGAAGAAAGCAUCAUUACAGGAGAUGUUUGAGAGGAGGAGGGUUAGUCUGAAGAAACUAGCAGCCAAACAAACACGCCCCAUCCAGCCUGUGGCCCCACGACCAGAGUCACUCUCAUCUCCUGCUCACAGGGAGCAUGAGAACAUCUGUAUUCGUGAAGACUCAGACAGCAGGGUGUCCUGUAAAAAAGUAAACUCUGAUCAAGUUGACGGGAGCAGUCGCAAUCCUUCUGUAUCUGAGGAGGAGGAAACCCUGGCUGUGCUGCGCAGGCAUGUAAUGAAUGAGUUACUGGAAACAGAGAGAGCAUAUGUGGAAGAGCUUAUGUGUGUUUUGCAGGGAUAUGCUGCUGAGAUAGACAACCCCUCCAUGACUCCUCUCAUCCCUGCUGCCUUGCAGAACAAGAAGGAUGUGUUAUUUGGGAACAUGCAAGAAAUUUAUAAUUUCCACAAAAGAAUAUUCCUCAAAGAGCUGGAAACUUACACUGACUGUCCUGAGCUUGUGGGCCGCUGCUUUCUGGACUGGAUGGGGGAGCUGCAGAUUUAUGAGAAAUACUGUCACAACAAGCCUCGUUCUGAGAGCCUCUGGAGGCAGUGCUCAGACUGCGCCUUUUUCCAGGAGUGUCAGAAGAAACUAGAGCACAAACUAGGACUGGACUCAUACUUACUGAAGCCUGUGCAGAGGAUCACUAAAUACCAACUCCUGCUGAAGGAGAUGAUUAAGUACAGUAAAGGCUGUGAGGGCUCAGUGGAGCUGCAGGCAGCUCUUUCCUCCAUACUGGGUAUCCUGAAGGCUGUAAAUGACUCAAUGCACCUCAUCGCCAUCACAGGAUAUGAGGGUAACCUUGGAUUCCUGGGUCGCCUGCUGAUGCAAGGGUCAUUCAGUGUGUGGGCGGAGCAUAAGAGAGGUCACGUGAAGGUCAUGGAGCUUGCCAGGUUUAAGCCCAUGCAGAGACACCUCUUCCUGCACGAGAAAGGUCUGCUCUUCUGCAAGAGGCGAGAGGAGAGCGGAGAGGGAUACGAGAAAGCGCCCUCAUAUAGCUUCAAGCAGGAGCUCAGCAUGGCUGCUAUUGGAAUAACAGAGCAUGCUAAAGGGGACAGCAAGAAGUUUGAGAUCUGGUCCAGAUCAAGGGAUGAGGUCUACACAGUACAGGCCGUGUCUGAGGAGGUUAAGACCAUCUGGGUAACAGAAAUCCAGAAACUUCUAACAGGACAGCUGGAGGCCUGUAGAGGUAUGGACCUGGUUUUACGUUGGUGGUACCUGUUACUUUUCUCAGCGCCGGUCAGGAUGGACCAAUCACAGUCGUUUGUGAUUACAGGAUAA